UCCUCUCAGCCGGCACAUCGGUAGUUUCAGCAGAGAUGACUUCGGGACUUGUCAUUUGGCAAAGAAGAAGAAAAGCUCGCGCUGCAGUUAUUACAGAGAUCACUGAAGUCUGAAGAUGAAGUGUCCCCGUUGUAGCCAUAAUGCUGUGGAGAGAGAAGCCAAUUUCUGCAGCAAGUGUGGCCAGAGUCUGUGUGUCCAACCUGCAUACACACAGGAGACUGGAGAUCAGCCCAAAUCCUUGGUAGCAGAAUCGGAAGGUUUGGCUGAGAAAUCCGCUUCACAGAAAAAUCACCCACCUGACAGCAAAGACUCCAAUAAAUCCCCCAAACGACCGAAUGAUGAAAGCGUCAUCAACCCAAAGAAAAAGAAAAAAAAGAGGAAGAGGAACAAAAAGAAGAAAGAUGGCAGCUUGUCAUCAGACCAAGAGCCGUCCCAUGUGUCCCUCGGAGACAAACAGAGGAAGAGUACGCAGGGAGAAAAAGACUCCUCUGACAGUGAAAGUUCAGAUUAUGCAAUGGAUGAAACACCAGACUCACUCCAAGAUGAACCCUCCUCACUAAAGAACCAGUCUGGGUCCUUAGCAGUUAACAGUCCUGCUGCUCCACCUGAAGACACGCAGGUCGUUCAGAGUGAAAAGGCUGCUGUCACAGAAGAAGCAAAAACUGAGACGCAGCCUGAGGAUGAUCCAGGUAACUCUGAUGAGGGAGAGAGCAAUGCACCAAAAUCAACUCAGGGUCAGAUACUCGAGACAACACCAGCUGACACUCCGACUCCAGUCUCCGAAGACACGGCCAAACAACCUGUGCUGGACCAGAAUGCCAACGUGGAGACAAAUGCAAAACAUACAGGAACCAAACAGGAGGGAAAAAGCCAGCAGGAGCAGAAACAGAAGCCGACUGUGGCAGCCGAACAAGCGAUGGUUUUUGGCCCUCAGAAAUCGUCAAAGGCCGACAGUGGGGAUCAGGAGAGGACAGCUGAAGAAAGCAACAAAAAAGACACGGCCAAACAACCUGCACUGGACCAGAAUGCCGGCAUGGAGACAAAUGCAACACAGACAGAACAAACCAACCAGAAGGGAAAAAGCCAGCAGGAGCAGAAACAGAAGCUGACUGCAGCGGCUGAACAAAAGAUGGUUUUUGGCACACAAAAGCCAGCAAAGGCUGACAGUGCAGGCUCCAGUGUGGAACAGGAGGGGACAGUAGAUAAACGCAACAAAAAAGACACGGCUAAACAACCUGAACUGGACCAGAAUGCCAGCGUGGAGACAAACGCUAAACAGAAAGGACAAAACAAACAGAGGGGAAAGGGCCAACAGGAACAGGCACAGAAGCAGACUGCAGCAGCUGAUCAGAAAUCACCAAAGGCCGACUCUGUGGGCUCCAGUGGGAAUCAGGAGAAAACAGCAGAAGAAAGCAAUAAGAAAGAUGCGGCCAAAAAACCUCAAAUGGACCAGAAUGCCAACAUGAAGACGAAUGCUAAACAGAAAGAACAAAACAAACAGAAGGGAAAGGGCCAGCAGGAGCAGAAACAAAAGCAGACUGUGGCAGCUGAUCAGAAGAUGGUUUUUGGCCCUCAAAAAUCACCAAAGACUGACAGCACAGGCUCCAGUGUGGACCCUGAGGAGACAGUAGAGGACCUGGAGGUUCAGCAGUCUGGAAGCGAGCAGGACUCAACAGCAAGUAAAGACGACAGUAAGGACGACACAGAAUCCAGCAGCCCAGUUUGCCCUCCACCCAAAAGGGUGACCAGGAACAACACCAUUGCUGCACGUGAUAGACUCACAAUUUACUUCCAUGCAGUUCUCUCAAAGGAUUUCAAAUUUGAUCCAGAGGAAGAUCGUAUCUUCAUCAGGGCUGGCCGCCGAAUUGGGAACUGGGAUGAAGAUACAGUUGAGCUGUCUGUGACAAGGAAUCUUGGAGAACAUGGUUUUCUGGUCGAGGGCAGUCUGGUGACAGUCAAAAGUGAUGCUGUGUCUGUGUCAAUUCCAUACAAAUAUGUUGUAUAUAACAAGAAGAAAAGCAAAUAUGAGUAUGAGUACAUAUACAAAUUGGAUUAUACACAGCAUCCUACCAACAGAUGUUUGUUUGUGAAGUCCCACCUCCUCAAUGAAGAAGGGGACUGGCAUCAAUAUGAUGACAUUAUCUGUGCUGAGCCAUCAAAGAAUGUGUUCAAACGCUGGAAAGAAAGGUUCUGGCCUGAACAAAGGAGGGAUCUGAUUCAAGGCAGAGAGAUUGCAGGCAACGUGAUGCUGGAGACUAUCUUUGAUCAUCUCAGGAGCUGGAGUGAUACCAAUUUGAAAAGUUUUCUGAUCCAGCUAAACCAGUUCUUCCAGACUUAUGGGGAGCCUUUUGUGUAUGAGGACACGCAUAAGAAAUGGAGCUCCUUGGGUUAUGGGAAAGAUGAUGUGAGGAAGAUGCUGAAGGAGUUCAUGCUGACAAACCUUAUUCCACAGUUGGUGAAGGAUGGAGAAGGAAAGAUGCUCUACAUUCAGGACCCAAUGAGAGCGGCUUUAAUCAUGCUCUGUGUGUGCAAUCAGCAUGAUAUCAAAUUAAAUGAUGGUGAGCUCAGUCGGCUCUGCACAAGGCUAUGCCUGCCCAACCUAAACAAAGAGAAUUUCCUUCAGUACUGGGCAGAUUUUUCACAGGAUGUCGCUAUUCUCAAGAAUCUGUCAUUUCAGUUGGUGUCUCUGAUAAACGUUGUGAGGGCAGGGGGGAUGCCCCGAUGGAUUCUGGUACUACCACUCCUCCACCUCCUCAAAGGCAACAUAAAGCCCUUUGAAGUGCUAACUUAUGGAAAAUCGAAGUACGGCUUAUCCUGGGCAGGUUUACAAGGCCUUGAAAUAAGGACCUCAGACUACAUAAACAGUCAAGCGAGGAAGGCAAUGGUGAAUCUGAUGAAAAACCACAGUCACUUGAUGGAAGUGGAUGCACUUUUAGUGCGAUCAUGCUUGUUCUUGAUGCCACUUGAUGAACUCAUGGAGUGUAUCGUCAUCAUCAACACUGAGCUUUUGGACAUGCUUUACGUUUUCACUAACAAGGCUCCUGCUGACAUUAUGGGCACUAACGUCCAGACAGUAUCUGCUAUUCUCUCACACAUCCAAGAAAACCUCAUUGAAGAAAAAUACAGUCAUUUUACCGAGGCUUAUAGGAGAGAGUGCCUUAUAACAGCAGUGAGACUGUUAGAGAAGCUCUGCAAAGGAGUCAAACCGGCAUCAUAUACACAGAACUUCCCUGAUAUUCCUGUAGCAUGCAUGAAUCUGGUUGCAUCAGUGUCAGACUUUGUUCACUGCAACAAGCAGCAGGAGUCUCAAGAAGGAGAAAUAGAGCAGCGAUGUGCAAAGGACUUGGCAAUCUCUCAGGCGAUGGCCAUCAUGAGAGACUGGAUCAGCUGCUCCUUUAGACAGGGUUUGCUCAGGAAGGGUUGGUCAUCCAUAUUGCGAGAUGACACAAAAAUUGAGAUGGAAAUUUGGAACAACAUCAUCUCCGUACAAUUCAAAAAUGAAGAGUGCACAAAAGAAUGGAAACAGACAUUCACAAUGGAUUUUGAGGGCAAAUACAAACAGGAGUCUGCUUUGGAUCAAAUUGAAUUCUACUGCACAAAGAUUGAGGAACUCAGUGAAUCUCAUCCACAUGUUGCUGCUAGUAUUGAGAGAUGUGCUCUUGAGGCUGUUACAUCUUUGUGCCAGACCAAGUCUGAAGGAAGGCUUUUUGAGAGGCUCAAGAUCGACUGGAAAUUUGGAAAACUCAUUUCAGCCAUUAUUCAGAAAUCUUGGCCAAAGGAUCUUCAAGGAAAUUAUCAGGAAGAUGAAGAACUGGUCCUUCAGCACCUUCUCUCCUGGACUGCCGCCAAAGACAUUUUCCAACUACAUGGCGCAGACGAAAAGCUGAUUGAAAAGCUCUCUCAAGAUGCCAGGGACAGAAUUGCUAUAGCCAUAUCCUCACUAACAGCCAUCACCAAUCAACUGGUCCAUGGAGACAUUAAGAUCAGUCUGCUCAACAUCAUUUUGGAAAAGAGGAACACCUUCCUAGACCUGCUGAAGAUCGAUUGCCUCUCUGAAAAUGAACAAUACAAGGAUAUUGCCAAAAUGAGGAGGCUGUUACAUUGCAGACAGGAUGAAGUGAAAGCUGUGUACCAUGAGAAGGAGCUUGUGGACAUCUUCUUAACAAUGAGCCACAUACUUGAGGAACAUAUGACAGUUGAUGUUGCUGACAUGGAAGCAAGUCAACAAGUCGACAUUGAGAUAAAGACCCUGAACCAUUUCAUGGAGGUUCAUCCAUUUGACCAAAUGCCUUCUCCCGUGGCUGGUAUUGUUACCUACUUCAGUCUGAGUGAAGAAACCAGAACUAUGGCAGAGGUCCUGUUCACCUUCAGAGACAGUCAUAUUUUCAAAGUGUGUUGGGAGAAACAAGCCAAACUCGUGGCCGCUGAGGAAAUGUUAGAAGACAACCCUGACCAACAUGAAGUAGUGGACAUUAUGGCAACACCAGAAAUGAUACAUGAUGAAAUUUUUGAGCCUUGCUUUGCUGAUUACAAAGACAUCUACACUCGUCUGAAGAAUGGCAGCAUAAGGCUCGAGGAAGUAAAUGAGCUCUUCAGGGAUUAUAAGGGCAAGUAUGAAAAGCUUAUACAGGACCUGGACAUUAUGUGCAGAGUCGAUAAAUCCACUGACACUCAGUGGAUCCACAGCAGGGUUCAACAGAUUGAGCAGUAUCACGAACUUCAUCUAGCUGUCAAUUCCGCUCAAAUUAUCAUGAUGGUCAAAGAGACGCUUCACCUGCAAGGGGACUUCAGGGUUUUGGAGACGCUCACAGAAGUAAAUCAUGCAGGCUUUCAAAAAGAGCAGCUCAAUAGGAUUGACAAUGACUUGAUGCAGGCAAAGAUGGUCCUGGUGGACAUCACUGAGCCACGCAGACUGUGCCUUCAUGAGCUGGGACUCAGAGGACACUUUGUAAAAUGGGUAAAAGAUGCAUUGGAAGAUAUCAAUGAGUUGAAGGUAUUUGUUGACCUGGCUUCCAUCUCAGCGGGAGAGAAUGACAUGGACGUGGAUCGUGUGGCUUGCUUCCAUGAUGCUGUCCUUGGCUACUCCUCAUUGCUAUAUGAGCUCAAACCAGACUCUGGCUUUCAUGUCUUCAAAGAGGUGCUCAAGAAGCUCUGGAGAGCUUUAGAAAAUGACAGCAAACUACCAGAAAAACUGCGGGACAGUGCACGCCAUUUGGAAUGGCUGAAGACUGUGAAGGACAGUCAUGGGUCAGUGGAGCUGUCAUCCCUCUCUUUAGCAUCAGCCAUCAACAACAAGGGUAUCUACCUGAUUAGUGCACAAAAUGUAAAAAAGUUGAGUCUUGACACUGCCCUGAAGCUGCAGAUUCCAGAGGAGCAUGAUGAAGGCCGGCAGAUGCGCUGCUAUUCUCUCGAGGACCUGCGGGAGCUGCAAAACAAACUCAUGCUCAUGUCUGGGAAAGGGGAUCAGGGCCAGAAUGAAGUUGAUCACUUUGCAGAGGUUUUUGCCAGUGUUCAAAGACUAGCUGAGGCCUUCAUUGCCCUCUACACUGCUGGUAAUCCUCUGUUCAGACACUGGGAAGCACAAAUCAACUGCUGUUUAAGCAGUGGGGAACCCAGUAUUAUGAUGGACUUCAACCUUGGCAAUCUUCUCAGUGUUGUCAUUGUGGAGGGCAGCAUAGAGGAGCAGCUUCCUGAAUUUUGUAGGAAAAUGGAGAAAUGCCUGGACUAUUGGAUGAAUUUUGUGGACAAACAGAGGUCCCAGCAUUACUAUCUAAACUACUAUACAGCUGAACAGAUUGUCUACCUCUGCAGCAAGCUGACUCAACAAAAUGUGAACAAUGUGGAAGACCAAAUUCUCAUGAUGCUUUCCUUUGUCAAGCCAAACUGCAUGGCCUUAGACUUGAGACAGGUCUGGCACGAACUCCAGUAUGAGAUCCUCACCAAACCACAUGAGCAAAAUGAAGACAUUGAGUUCCAGACUUUUGUUAUGGUGCCAAGAACUGAGCUGGGAGGCCAAGACUUCACCAGUGAGUUAGAUCCUCUGCUGAGUCUCACAGAGCAAACAAAUGGUUCCCAGAAAUUUGAUCUCAUAUGGAAUGCCUACAUGAAAGACAUGAAGAAUUGUCUUCCACACAUUCUUGAUAUAAAAAGUCUUGGAAGACUGUUGGAAAUACUGGCCAACAAAGAAAGUGAGAGCGAAGAAGAUAUUUCUGAAGGUAACGCUGGGGCUUUCAUACAGAGGCAACUACCUCAAGGCCUGCUCACAGGAAAUCCAAACCUCAUUGUCUGUCCGCAUGAUGAGGUCUUGACAGCAUGCAUCUCCAUUUACAUGAGUAGUGAAGAUGAGACACUUCCCACCUAUGAUGAGGUUCUCCUGUGCAACCCCUCAACACCAUAUGAACAGGUGGAGCUAUUCCUCAGACGUUGUCUUAGCACAGGCUACAGGGGGCAGAAGAUAUACUCUCUACUCUUUGGAGAUCUGCUCACUUACGAUGUGAGCUCUAAAGUUGAGAACUUUUUUCAGCGAAUGAAAAUGCAGAGCAGGAAAGACUACAAACUUGUCAUCAUCUGCAGCUCAGAAAGAGAACAUGCCUACCUUCCUUCAGCCUUCAGCCAGUACAGAUUGCACAUGGUCCCCCAGGAGCCAUUGGCAAGGAUCCAGUGGUACCUUCACAAACACUACGUUGUCCCAGCAGAUCAAGACAGUGCUGCAGCUGCAUUCAAAGACCGACUGUGCGUUGGUGUCGUGUCAUCCAAAAGGGCUGGUGUUGGUAAAUCUCUCUACAUCAAGAGGCUGUAUGACAAACUGAAGCACUCAAGCAAAAAGCCGACAAUGAUGAAAUGCAUCCGCUUGAUUGAACCAAAUGUUGAUGAGAAUGUCAUCCUUCAAUCUCUGUUGAACACCCCCAAGAAGAAAGAACUCAUGUUGUUCCACUUCGACAUCACAUCAUCGGUGCAGAAAGGUCUCCAUGAGUUUCUUUUCAAAUUGUUGAUUCUGCGCUAUUUGAUGGACUCUGAGGGAAAGACAUGGAAGUGCAGUGACAAGCAGUUGUAUGUCAUCGAGAUAUUAGAGCCGACUGUCAUGUCAGCCAGAAAUGCUUCCCGACAGGCACAAACUGUGAACAGCACAUUCACAGAUGUGUUUCCAAAUAUUUUCUGCCGACCACCCAAAGAGGUGCUAAUGCUGGAGAUGAGCAAGGAAGAGGAACCUACCAUUGUAAGCUCUGAUGACCCACUGAUGGAUGAUGGAGAGUUCAGGAGCGAAGCCUUUCAGCGGCCAUACCAGUAUUUGACACGCUUUCAUAACCACAUUAAUCUUGAUGUGUUCACAUAUAAGGGUGUUGAAGGAUCACAUGUGGAAUGUCUUCAGAUGCUUCUCAUGUUCUGUGGAAUUGUUGACCCAUCGUGGGCAGAACUGAGAAAUUUUGCGUGGUUCCUUAAUCUUCAACUGAAAGACUGUGAGACGUCUGUUUUUUGUGAUGCCACUUUCACUGGAGACACACUGGCUGGAUUCAAAACCUUUGUGGUGGACUUCAUGAUUCUGAUGGCAAAGGACUUUGCCACUCCAUCACUCAGCAUCUCUGACCAGAGUCCUGGAAAGCUACAGAUGGACCUGACAGAUGUUCGAGAUGAAGACCUAGCACCUUUUCUGAUCAGAAAGAGAUGGGAAACAGAACCACACCCAUACAUCUUCUUUAAUGAUGACCAUGUGUCCAUGACCUUCAUUGGUUUCCAUCUUCAGCCCAAUGACCAGAACUUUGUUGAUGCAAUUGAGCCCAUCUCUGGAAGGGUGAUAAAAAAGAAUGUCAUGACAAGGGCAUUGUAUGAAGGCCUAAAGCUACAGAGAGUCCCUUUUAAUAUGGACUUUGAUCACCUUCCAAGAGGGGAGAAAAUUGAGCGAAUCUGCAAUGUCCUUGGCAUCCAGUGGCCUCUUGACCCUGAUGAAACAUAUGAGCUCACAACUGACAACAUACUGAAGAUGCUGGCAAUCCAUAUGCGGUUCAGGUGUGGCAUCCCUGUCAUCAUCAUGGGGGAGACAGGUUGUGGUAAGACGAGACUCAUCAAAUUCCUGUGUGAGUUGCGUAGGAGUGGCGUGGCCACUGAGAACAUGAAACUGGUCAAGGUUCAUGGAGGGACAACCUCAGAGAUGAUUUACACCAAAGUCAGAGAAGCGGAGGACAUUGCUAAUGUUAACAAGCUAGACUACGGAUUUGACUCCGUUCUCUUCUUUGAUGAGGCCAACACUACUGAGGCCAUCAGCAGUAUUAAAGAGGUCCUCUGUGACAGGACAGUCAAAGGGGAAAGUUUGACACCAAGCUGCGGUUUGCAGAUUAUCGCAGCAUGCAACCCUUACCGAAAGCACACGGAUGAGAUGAUUGGGAGGUUAGAAUCUUCAGGCCUUGGUUACAGAGUGCGAGCUGAAGAAACAGAUGAAAAGCUUGGGUCUAUCCCUCUCCGCCAGUUGGUCUACAGAGUUCAAGCCUUACCACCAAGCAUGAUCCCUCUCGUGUGGGACUUUGGACAACUAAACGAUCACACAGAGAAAAUAUACAUCCAUCAGAUUGUGCAAAGAGUGGUUGAAAACAAAGAAAUCAAUCAAAGUUACGUAAAGUCGAUCACUGAUGUUCUUUCAGCUUCACAGAAGUACAUGCGGACAAGAAAAGAUGAAUGCAGCUUUGUCAGCCUGAGAGAUGUCGAACGCUGCAUGCAGUCUUUUGUUUGGUUCUACGACAACCACGUCAUGUUGUUUGCAGAGCUUGAAAAAUUUGAGAGUAAUCAAAAUGCAGAGAAGAAUGAAAGGCAUUACAGGCAGCGUGAGGUCAGAGACCCUGUGCUCUGGUCUCUAGUCAUGGCCAUAGGGGUGUGCUACCAUGCCUGCCUAGAAAAAAAGGAUAAAUACAGACAGAAAAUCAGCAAAAGCCUACCACCAGCAUACACCCCAGUGAAGGUGAUGCAGGAAAUCACACUCAUGCAGGAUUUACUUCUCAGUGGUGUGCCAAUGGGGGUUACUAUUGCAAGAAACAGUGCCCUUAAAGAGAAUGUCUUCAUGAUGGUUCUCUGCAUUGAGCUAAGAAUCCCUCUCUUCUUAGUUGGAAAACCUGGAAGUUCCAAAUCUCUGUCUAAAACUCUGGUGGCAGAUGCGAUGCAGGGCCAGGCGGCUCAUUCAGACCUCUACAAAAUGCUUAAACAAGUCCAUUUGGUGUCCUUCCAGUGUAGCCCUCACUCAACACCAGAAGGCAUCAUUAACACAUUCAAGCAAUGCGGGCGCUUCCAGGAAGGAAAGAACCUGGAUGAGUACAUUUCAGUUGUGGUUCUUGAUGAGAUUGGGCUGGCUGAGGAUUCUCCAAAGAUGCCACUGAAAACCCUUCAUCCACUGCUAGAAGAGGGAUGCAUUGAUGAUGAGCCACUACCACACAAGAAGGUUGGAUUCAUUGGCAUCUCCAACUGGGCUUUAGACCCUGCAAAGAUGAACAGAGGCAUUUUUGUCUCCCGUGGUGACCCUGAUGAGAAGGAACUCAUUGAGAGUGCUAAAGGCAUAUGCAAAUCUGAUGCAAUGGUUUUGGAGAAGGUCAGGGAUUUCUUCCAACCCUUUGCAAGAGCCUACUUGAACAUCUGCCGCAAACAAGGCAAAGGCUUUUUUGGCCUUCGUGACUAUUACAGCUUGAUUAAGAUGAUUUUUGCUGUAGCAAAGGCUUCUCAAAAGAGGCCCACUGCAGAAGAAACCGCGAAGGCCGUGUUGAGAAAUUUCAGUGGCAGGGAUGAUGUGGAUGCAGUUACAGUCUUUACCAAAAGACUGCAGAUUGCACCCAACCUAGAGAACAUCAGUACCAUUGAGUUUGUGAGAGAAAACAUUCAGGCAGUUGGACAAGAAGAAGAAUGUCGGUACCUGCUGGUGCUAACAAAAAACUACGCAGCCCUACAGAUCUUGCAGCAAAGCUUCUUUUCAGAAAGUGGUCAGCCAGAGAUAAUCUUUGGAUCCAGUUUCCCAAAAGACCAAGAGUAUACCCAAAUCUGCCGCAACAUCAACAGAGUAAAGAUCUGCAUGGAGACAGGUCAAACAGUUGUGCUCCUGAACUUGCAGAACCUCUAUGAAAGUCUUUAUGAUGCCCUCAACCAAUACUAUGUCUGCUUGGGAGGACAGAAAUAUGUUGACCUUGGACUGGGAACCCAUCGUGUGAAAUGCCGGGUGCACCAAGACUUCAGACUAAUUGUCAUUGAGGAAAGAGAGGUGGUGUACAAACAGUUCCCAAUACCUCUCAUCAACAGGCUGGAGAAACACUAUCUGGACAUCCACACUGUCCUUAAAUCUGAGCAGAAGAGGAUUGUGAAUGAAUUGGAGAAAUGGUUGAGACUUUUUGUGUCUCUCAACAAUCAACACGCAGCAGCAGCUCAGGUUUACAAGUACCAACCACCAGAUGUCUUCAUUGGCUACCACUCGGACACAUGUGCCUCUGUGAUACUUCAAGUAACAGAGAAGCAAAAGGACAGUAUGGAGAUCUCAGAUCCUGAGAGGAGAAUACUGGAUGAGGCUAAACUCAUACUGCUCAAAUGCGCCACACCGGACUCAGUUGUGCGCUUGGACUGCACAGGCCUUCCCAAAGUGGAGAGUGAAAAUCUGGCCAGGGCCUACUUUGAAGAGCAGAAUACCAGCUGUUUGGCUGACUUCAUACUUGCUCACACAAGGGAGGAAGUCCAUUGCUUCUCCUCCUUCACAGAGGUGUCAACAUUCUCCAGACUUCUGACAGUAUCUGACCUGGAACCUUUGCAGCAAAUGUUGCAUAGCGUUGAACUUCUCUCGCUCCAGCAGUUUGACACAGAACACUCCUUCCUGAAGAAGAUCAGGAACUUCCUCACUGCUGAGAGUGAAAGAAGUCACAGUGGACCCUGCAACAAGAUCCUCCUCAUUCAGUGUGAUUUUGAUGAAGCCUCUCAUAGUGCCAAUCUCAUUGCAUCUGCAAAGUAUUCAUCCAUAAAUGAAAUCAACAAACUAACUCAGGAGAGCACGGGAGGCAGGGUGUUUGUCUACUUUAUCACCAGACUGCCAAGAGUAGAAGGAGGGACUUCCUAUGUUGGCUUUCAUGGAGGCCCAUGGAAAUCGGUUCACAUUGAUGACCUCAGACGGUCAAAGGACAUUGUUUCAGACAUCAGAGCUUUGCAAAACAUGACAAUCAGUCAAAUGUUUGAAACAAAGAUGAGUCGCCCUGAAGCCAUGGAGGUGGAUGACAUGUACACCGAGAAUGAGCAAGAGGAAGAGUCAGAGGAAAAUGACUGGGAUAACAUUGUGGACACGACAGCACUGGUGCGGAGCUGUGUACAAAGUGCAGUGGGCAUGCUGAGGGACCAGGUGGAAAGUGGUUUCCGCAGUACUAGGAGAGUUGAAAUCCUGUUAACACUCCUCAGUGAAAAUGAUGAAGUAGAAGGUAAAUUUCUGCAAACUGUGAAGAGGCAUCUUCAUUCAUUGCUAGUGACUAACGAUGGCAACACUUUCUCAGCCAUCAAAAGCAACUGGGUCAUUAAAGAGGCCUCAAACAUUGAUGCCUUGCAAGAAGGAGGCACCUUCAGGCACACCUUAUGGAAGCGCAUUCAGGCUGUGGUUAUACCCCUCUUGGCACAACUGGUUUCUGUCAUUGAUCGUGACCAAAACUUGGACAUCCUACUAGAUAAAAACUGUGGUAAUCAUGUCAAGAGGCUGUGGUUAGAUAUCUUUGGCAAUGAUAAGCUACUGGAGAUCCCACGCCUAACACUGGACCACAACUCUGAGACAAGAACGAUUCUUGUACAAAGCUACCUUGCCCAAGACACGAACAUGAGCUGCAGCAUGCCCUUCAGCUGGAGGAUCAAGGACUAUCUGGAGGAACUUUGGGUUCAUGCGCUUCAACAUGAAGGCCACACUCAACAAGAGUUUGAUAAGUUCUUUUGGAGGACACCACUGGGACCAUACAUCGAGAAAGCAGACAGAGAGAUGCAGAUAGAGUUUUUCCAACGCUACCUUCAGGACUUCAUCUCAAUGACAAUGAACGUGACUUGUCAGGAAGACCUGCAGCUCCUGUGUGGUGCUCUGAACUGUUGCGUCAAUGAGCUGCGAUUGCAGCUUAAUGCCACAGAUACAGCGACAUCUCUUCCAUGGGUCCAUGCGGCUUAUCAUGAGUUCAAGAACCGACUGCAGAACCUCUCCAGAAUGAUAUGCAUUGAGCCCCAGGUUACCCAGCACCUCUUGCAGAAUCAUCACACCAGAGAUGGAGUUGAACUGGUGCUCGAUGUGUAUGCUGCUUUUGCAUGUGUGGAGUACCUGGAGCCUCAACUCCUGGAUACAGAUGUCCAAAGACAAGCCUGGCUCAGACAAGUCAAAAAGCUACAGGUUCCCAUAGAGUUGAUUUGCUCAGAGGAAAGUGUGAGACGUUAUGGGGAGAGGAGCAAGGCAAUCGUCUGCAGAGUGCAGGCUGGAUGGAAUCGGAUAUUCACUCUCUCGCUCUUUGUGGAACACAUGUUGUUGGGAAUUGAGCAGAUAGAGAAAAAGCUGACACCUUUAGUUUUGGAGCAUACUAAAAGGCUUUGCCAGAUAAUGGAAAAAAAUUCAGACCUCAAAACUCAGCGGUCAUUUGAGGCAGUGAUCGGUUUGCUCAAAACCUGCAAAGAUGGAGCUGUCGAACGCAUCUUCAGGUUUGGUCUUAAACUGUGCCCAGUGUGUAUGGGAGACCCUCAGGAUCCACUCUGCUUGCCAUGUGAGCACAUCUACUGUGUAGCCUGCAUCAGACAGUGGCUGGUGCCCGGUCAGAUGUAUUGUCCCCUCUGUAUGCAGCCAGUCGAUGACAACUUCCCCAUGGUUCCCUCAGAAGACAUAAGGAUUCUAGUCAACCAACACGCUCAGUUCAGGAAGCAGUGCAACACUUUCUUCGUUGACCUGGUGUCUACUGUGUGCUUCAAGGACAACUCUCCUCCCUGUUCAGCUGUCAUUCUCCAUCUGCUGUCCUUUCUCAUGGUGGAGGCCAACACUGUACCCAUUUUCAGACUUGGUAGACAAGUGCUGACAAAGGUGCUUUCUCCGUUUGAUGACUCUGUGGAUAAAAACCCAGUUGUUCGGUCAGUAGUGCUCAAACUUCUGCUGAAGUACAGCUUCGAUGAAGUUAAAGGUUACCUGCAGCAGCAUCUGGUGGCAGUUGAGCGGUGCAACAUCUUGGAGGAGACGGACAAAACUGAACUCUACUCGAUGUACAUCAACUGCCUGGAGGAUUCCAUGUUUGAGAGGUUGCAGUUCAGGUCCACUGCAGACCAGCAGGUGUGUCUGCAGGAUGAAAGUGCCUUCCUGACUGAAUACCUGCAAUCACAUGGACAGUCUGCUCAAACAGCCACAGUAGAUUCUCUACAGCAGGUGGCCAGAGUGCGUAUGGACCUGGAUAUGGCGGCAAGCCUCAUCUUGGAAAAACUCAGAGCCACAGCAGAGGCACAGGAGACUGGUCAAAGUGGAACCACAGCCUUCCUGACCAGCGUGGUGAACUUGUGUAGGCGCAGUGGAAACGACUGGUAUCGUGUCUUCUUGAUCCGCAAGAUCUGCAGCCAACAUGGAGUGGAGUUUGUGUUGAAACUCCUCAAAGUGGAUGAAAUGCGCUGGCUCUUCCCUGAGGAAGUGCUGCAAAAGAGUGAAGAAGCCACCCCAGUAGACCAGUAUCUUGUGUGCGGGGAAGACUACAAGACCAUCAGAAAUGCUGUUGCAAAAGCAGUUAUGGAGGGAAAAGUGGACGGACUGGACGAGACUUGUGAGGGGUGCAGAUGCUUACCACAGUGUACAACAGUUUAUCUCCUCUUGGCACUGUACAGAGAAGUCACCACUCUCUACAGAGAGGCCACUGUCAGCUUCCAUCCCAAGCCUGAGCAAUUGGAUGCCCUAAAGACCUACAUCCAGAACUCCAAAUUCCUUGCCAACCCACAGAUGAAGGCCUUUGCCAGGGGUCUGGUGACCAACCAACUUGGGCCACUGAGUGUUCGUCCGGGUGCCUCUGGUGCCCAUAAUGUGCUGGUGGAUUUAACUCUUCACCUGGCUGCUGUCUUGCUCUGUGGGAACCAGGGGAUCAUAGCUCCCCUGCAGCAGCUGGCAAUGGAUCCUGCCAACAUGCAGGCCGCCUUCUUGCCAAGCAUGCCAGAGGACAUGUUAGCAGUGGCUCAACAAGCUAUGGGACCGUUGCUGUGGUAUCAUUGUCCAAAUGGUCACCCCUGCACCAUUGGAGAGUGUGGCCAGCCCAUGGAAAAAAGUCACUGUGUGGACUGUGGUGUGGAGAUAGGAGGUGUCGACCACAGGCCUGUGCAGGGAUUUCAAGCUGUUCAGCUGCAGGGUGACCGCACUCAGACAGGCCACAUUCUCGGUGACCCCAUUCGCAGGGACAAUCCUGACAUGCUUGACACAAAGAACAUUUCUCCAGUUCCCUUCACCAUGAUCCGCAUGCUCACUCACAUGGCCAUGCUGCUCGGCGCCUGCAAUCAACCAGAGUCAAUCUCUGCCAUCAUCAACCCUCUAGUCCCUGAGCCAGGUGCUUUUCUACUUGCGCACCUGCAAAAGGACAUAGUACAUCUUAUCAGAUCCCUGGGUAAAGGCACGGACGACACAGUCAGCGCUGUUCACCUGCUCAUCAGCAGCCUCAUGGUGCCCAAACAGCAACAAAAAUGGCCCGUUCCUUAUGACAAUGUGCUCUCCACCAAAGAACAUAGAAAUGGAUGGGAGAUGGAAGUGAGCAACAGCAUCAUCACACCGCAGUUGAAGCACUUGGAAAAACAGCUGAAGGAGGUGAAUGCUUUCAUCAGGGCUGACUCUCGCAUUUCUGCCAAUCCAAUCAUGAAGCUCAUGUUCGGAGAUCCUCGUCACUUCUUGGCCUCAGUUCCCCAAAAUUCUCUGAUCCAUGGGUCUGCUGUGUGGAGCUGCAGGGAGAAAGUUACUCUGCUGAGCCUAACGCACAUUGUGGAGCAGAAUGAUGGCAAAGACACCCUGCCGGUGCUCUGGAGAUUUCUGCAUAGGGAAGCAGAGCUGCGACUGGUGAAGCACCUUCCUGACAUCCUCACCCUUCAGAGAGCUCUGGUCAAGAAGUUCCAAAAUGUCACCGAGCUGACUUGUGGCACCAUUUCUGAAUUCCUCAACAGUCAGAAAGCAGUUUCGCUGAAAACAUGGUAUGAUAAAUACAUCAAAAUCUUCCUGACAACCUGGAAUCAGCUCAGAGUGUCUUUGGCAACAAACGGUGAGAUCAAGAUCCCAGCUGAGUUCUGCCAGAAGGACCUGGACCUCGACAGUGACUUCAAGGUGCUGCUAGCACGGCGACAAGGCCCAGGCCUGUGCUCUACAGCCCUUGUCAGCUACCUCAUCGCCCUGCACAAUGACCUGGUCUACUGUGUGGAUAAGCACACUGGAGAGGAGACCAGCUACAAAGUGAGCCCUGCAGAUCUGACUGACCUGCAUGUGAUUCGGUAUGAGCUGGAAAGGGACCUGAUGCCGCUGGUUCUGUCCAACACCCAGUACAGCAUUGAGAGAGGCCAGGAGACCCUUCAUGAGUACGACUUGCCCAAAAUCCAGCAACAGAUUGUCUCCCGCUUCUUACUGGGCAAACCUCUCAUCACUCUUAAUGGCAUUCCAACGCUAGUGAACAGACAUGACCGCAACUAUGAGAUUAUCCUAAAGGAUAUAAAAGCAAAAGUCCAGCAGGAGCCUCUUCAGACUCUCACCUUGUGUGCCGUGGCUGGGGAGCUGCACUCCUACAGUGAGGUGUGUGAGGCCUUGUCCACACUGGAGGUGGCCCUUGGUUUCCUCGCCAUGACCGGGGGAGAGCCGCACAUGCAGCUGUCCUGCUACCUGGAGGAGGUGCUGCAGAUGGGAAACCAGAUGGCUCCACAUAUCCUCAAGGCUAUGAGCAUGUGCUGUCUAAAGCAUUGUGUGGCUCUGUGGCAGCUGCUGGCCUCACUCAAAUCAGAAAAUAUGCUGCGGCUCAAGAGGGAUCCAUUUGUGGAAGUCUCAGAGAAAUACAAACAGGCCCUGAGCGAGGACGAUCACAGGCUGCUGAUUGGCUUCUUUUCUAAGAUCAGCGCUGACAGUUUCCUUCUGGAGAUGCACGAGUUCCUGGUGCUGGUGCUUAAAAAGCCCAAUGCACCUGAUACCUACAGGCCUGACUGGAGCCUGAAAGUCACACUGGUGUCUUACAUGGAGCACAAAGACCUGGAUGCCCCCCCUGAGGUGGAGGAGCUCUUCCCAGUUGAGAUCUGUCUUUCCCAGUACGUUGAGGCAUGGAAGUUCAUCAUCGCCUUCAAACAGGAGCGCAGCCAGAGGCAAUAAAGACCGGAUGAAAGAGUUGUUUGUUUUCAUCAGAUCCAUCAGGUGAAGUUUACAAUCAUGAUAAAUUGACAGUAUUGAAGCCGUAUGAAUGUGUGCUAUAAUCUGUAUUUUACACAUAUUUAUGCAGAGGAGAUGUGCCUUUUCAUGAGCACUGAUGUUAAGAUUUAUAGUGCCACAAAAUAAGUGUGCAGGUUUGUUUUUGCUAGUGUUAUCUGCUAUUGUUUUGUAUUGUUUUCUUCAUUCCUGAGCUCCAACAUGUACCGUUUCUGUACAGUUGAACAUCUUCUUUCUUGCACUUUACUUGUAAUGUGAAUUUGUCUGUCCCAAAGAAGCAGAAAAACAAUCUGAAUUCUACUCAGGUACAAAAUGUUGAAAUACUCUGGGGUCUGAAAAUCACACUGACUGAGUCUCUUUAUCAAGUAUAUGGUGUCUUUCACUUUUCACUUUGCUGAUCAUUGUAAUUCAUCUUUUGUAUGAAUGUUUACUCAUUAUAAAGUAAUAGAUUAGAUUAAGUUGAUGUAAAAAAAAAAAAAGUCCAGUUGCACUUGCCUUCCACUUUUUAAAACCACUGUCUGCUAUAAAAAAGUUUCCUUAAAGUUUAUUUCUUUCUCAUUCCAGUUUUUCCAUUAAAUUUUCAGUAUAUUUACAGAAUACAACAUAUUGUCUUACCUGCCUAGUUAGUUUUUUUAGGAUGUAUGUGUGGUGAUACUACUUCCAAUAAAGCAUAAACAUCACCUUCAA